GUAUGUCAUAAUAGUCGAUCUUGUGUUUUUAGAUAUCUGUGUUGAGAUAAAUUAAAUAUACAGAAUAAUGCCUUAUUAUUGAACAAUUUUUAAAAUGGCAACAGCUAAUGAUGAUGAGAUUUUAGAGGGUUUUCUGUGUCCAAUUUGUAAAGCCGAUUUGAAAUCAGCUACUCAACUUACAAAUCAUUUUGAAACACAGCAUGCAGAGGAACAGGAUUUACUCAGGUCACUCAAAGAUAUCUUUGGUAAAGCUAAGAAAAUAAUUCUUAAUGUCGAUGAAAAUGACCUAAAAGAUACAUUUGAUCGUGCUCUUAAGAUUAAUACUCAAGAUAAUAAUAGUUGGUAUACUGAAGAAACACAAACGGUAGGUGUAUCGCGCAGUUCUUCUGAAUAUUUCAAAGCUGUUCGAUCUGCUAGAUUAGAGAGAUAUGCGACAGAAACUAACAAACUGUUGAUAAGACUAGAUAAAUUAGUUUCAAAUAUGCCAAAUGAAGUAAAUCAGCGUAAACAGCAUGAGCAGGAUGUAGUCCCAUGGUUGGAUGGCUCAUCAGUGAAGCUGUGUCCAAAUUGUGCGAAAUCAUUCAGUUUGACAAGAAGAAAACACCAUUGUAGGCUAUGUGGAUCAAUUCUAUGUCACGAUUGUUCUUUAUUUCUUGAUUUUAAUGUAGCCAAAGGCAUAGUAGAUCCAUCAGCUCCUCAAACAUCGACUCCAGACCAUGAAGUAACAGAGAAGAAUGGCCUUCGACUAUGUGAGCACUGUUAUAUGUUAAUUGAUCUCCGAAAGCAAGUACAAGAUAGCCGUAAUGCUAAAACAGCAUUGAUGACAGCUUAUGAACAGAUGAGGAGUUUGAUGGAGCAAGCCUCACCUGCUGUGGCCAUGUAUGAAAAGAUGUGCCAAAGCCUGUUCGACGGUGAGUCGACGUAUAACCUACAGGACGUGAACGCGAUGCGCGGAAAGAUCGGGAAGCUAGCCGAGGGUAUCGACCUCCUGAGCAAGCAGGUGUCCCUGUUCCCCGCGAAUCCCGGGACGCGUCAGGCCAGACUGCAGAACUCUAUACGCCAAGCUGCCGCUAAUUUCAUCAAGGGAGACUUGUUAUCACUUCGCAAGUUACCCACGGAGGCGCAAAUUGAUGAAGUGAGGAGACAAAGAUACGAACGAGCGCAGAAGAAAGUGGAGAUGGAACGGCAGGCAGCGGAAAAAGAAAAAGAAUGGAAGGAGAGAGAGGGUAGCAGCAGAGACAACUCAGUCCAGCAUGAUGACGAACUUAACCCGUUAUUGGAACAAAUGAAUAUUAUCCGAGGGUACAUCAAGGAAGCCCGCAAAGAAUUAAGGUUUGAGGAAGUAGCAAUCUUAGAAGAAAACCUCAAAGAACUGAAGAAAGAAUAUCAUUUCCAAAUGCUCUCUAACAAAUCCUAGUCAAUGUUAACUAGUUAUGAAUAAUAUAUAAGUGCAACUUAAGUAUUAGAGCAAUACAUUCACUGAUAUUUUAAUAGUUAUAUAAUUAUUAUUAUUGUACAUUUUAUAUUUAUCUAUAAUAAAUUAUAUUACAGUCAUAA